AUGUUUGUAUCUUGUGUUUACGAGGGCCGAAGGCUUUUCCCAAAUCAUGUGUUAUGGGAGACAGGAAGGGCUUGCCAGUGCGACGCUUAUGCAGCCUCAUCUUGCUCGAACAGUCUUUGUGUGACAGGAAAACCCGUGGGCCCUAAAACAACGACUACUACUACCACCACCACCACCACGAGAAGACCAGCAGUGGUGAAACCUCCUGCCAAAGAGCCAGCUUCGACGACAUGCGCUGCCAACAAAGGAAUGACAGACGAACUCAGGCAGAUCUUCCUCACUAAGCACAACUACUACAGAUCAUAUGUGGCGAAGGGGCAGGCAAAGGACAAACUGAUAACCAAGGGAAACGCUCCGAAGGCGGCAAGAAUGCGUAAGAUGGUGUACGACUGCCGGGUGGAAGCCAGCGCUAUGCGGCAUGCCAAGAAAUGCAAAUAUGGACACUCCGAUGGUUCCGAAAGACCCGAUCUAGGUGAGAGUGUGUGGGCGAUUUCUUACAAUCGAAUGGACAAGGCACAGUCAGCGGAAAUGUCUUGUGAUGAUUGGUUCGGCGAAUUAGCCAAAAACGGUGUGGGACGAGAAAACGUACUUACCAAAAAGCUGUUCUAUCGACCCAAUAAGCAGAUUUUCCAGAUGGUGUGGCAAAACACCUACAAGCUCGGUUGUGCAGUCGAAUGGUGUCCAACUAUGACCUUUGUGGUCUGCCAAUAUAACCCUCCUGGAAACUACUUGGGUCAACUUAUCUACGAGGUGGGAGAGCCGUGCCGAAACGAUGGCGAUUGCAGAUGUCCCAAGUGCCGGUGCAGCAGGAACGAGGCGCUUUGUAUUGUUGCAUAA